AUAAAACUGUCCAUGUCAAUGUCGCAGAGAAGGUGUGCAUUGUACAGAUCACCACACAAACAGCACACAGCAUACUCCUACGCGAUCAGUCUUCUCACUUUGCGACGUCUUCGAAUUGUUCCAGCCUUUGUUGACGCCGACGCCUCCAUCAGGGCGACCUGCCGCCUUCUGCGUGCAUGACGAACACACCUCAAACCCGCGCAGGCCGCAUCAUCUACAGCCUUUAAUCCAUCCAACAUGGCUGAACUCGAGAUUGCGCCGGACUUCGGUGCGGAACUCAAGGACGGAUUCAAGCCAGUUAAUGCGUGGGUCACCAAUGGCAUCGCCUGGUUAGACGACAUUCAACAAUUCUACCGCGAGCGUAGCGCCAUAGAAAAGGAAUACAGCCAGAAAUUAACAGCGCUGGCUAAGAGAUACUUUGAGAAGAAGUCUAAGAAGACCAGCAUACUGAGCGUGGGAGAGACGCCCACUGUGACGCCAGGAUCUCUAGAAAGCGCAUCAAUGACGACAUGGUCCGUACAGCUUAAUACUUUGGAAGCACGCGCCGCCGAACAUGAUCGCUUGGCUGGGCAUCUGAUCUCAUCUGUGGCCGAGCCGCUGAAACACCUGGAGGCCAAGUACGAGGAUCUCCGGAAAAAGCACGUAGAGUACGCAGGAAAAUUGGAAAAGGAGCGCGAUGCGAAUUAUGCGGAUCUGAAAAAGACGAAAGGCAAAUACGAUAGCAUAUGCCAGGAUGUUGAGAAUCGGAGAAAGAAGACGGACACAAGUUUCGAUCAUGGCAAACAAAAGGCGCAGUCGGCAUUCUACCAGCAUCAGGGAGAGAUGCGGAAUACAAAGAACACUUAUUUGAUUGCGAUCAAUGUCACCAAUCGGCAGAAGGAGAGGUAUUACAACGAAUAUGUUCCUGAUUUGAUGAAUAAUAUGCAAGCACUUUCCGAAUCACGUGUAUCAGCCUUGAACAGCAUAUGGAGCACCGCAUCGUCACUCGAGACACAAGCAUUGACCAGAUCGACUGAGUUGUUAGAGCACCUUUCUUCCGAAAUUCCGCGCAACAAUCCUAUCCUUGACAGCAUGAUGUUCGUGCGUCACAAUGCUGCACCAUGGCAAGAGCCGCAAGACUUCGUCUUCGAACCCUCACCUGUGUGGUUGGAUGACGAUGUCAUGGCGGCAGACCCGGCAAGCAAAACGUUCUUGAUGAACAUCCUCACCAAAUCGAAGUCGUCCCUGAAUGAGUUGCGGCUGGACUGUGACGGGAAACGGCGAGAAGUCGAAGCAACAAAGCAGGUUCGGCAACUCAUCAAAGAUGGAAAGGAUGAUAGAGAUGAAGGUGAGGUCGUGCGGGCCUUGUUCCACAACCAAGAAUCCCUACACGAAUCCGAGCGUAAAAGGGUCACAGCCGAGGUCGAGGUUAGCACUAUCGUAUCCGCUGUUGGUGACAUUUCUAUCGGAGCCCGCAAUCACACUUUCAAGAAUCAAACAUACAAGAUCCCUACGAAUUGCGAUUUGUGUGGAGAUCGACUAUGGGGAUUGACUGCUAAGGGAAUGGCUUGCGAGGAAUGUGGCUUUACUUGCCACACUAAAUGCGAGCUCAAGGUGCCUGCGGACUGCCCAGGUGAAUUGACAAAAGAACAGAAAAAGGCCAUCAAGUCAGAACGACAAGCUGCUGCGCAGGCACAAGCCGCAGCACCACCGCCGCCACCAUCCAACGGAGACAGCAGUGGUGGUACGCAGCGAUCGAGUCUACAACGCAGUGACACUGUCGGUUCCAUGAAUACGCUGAGUUCGGGAUAUGCAGCGAGUGCUCAGCGGAGCGUGUCAAACAUGACCACCAAAUCCUCCAUCGACGAUGGCCCAGCUGGCGCGGCGGGUGUCCCGACCUCAACUGGCGUGGCUCGUCCACGAGUAAUGGCACCUCCGCCUUCAUCGUACCGAACCAAUGACGACGAUUCUGCUGUUGAUAGUACCGAGCCCAGAGGCAAAAUGCUUUAUGCUUACCAAGCGGGUGGCGAGGGCGAAAUAUCCAUUGCCGACGGCCAAGAAUUCACCCUUGUCGAGCCAGACGAUGGGUCAGGUUGGAUCAAGAUCCUUCCGACGACAGGAUUUGGCGCUGUGGCAGGUCUUGUGCCAACGAGCUACGCCGAAAUCAACACGUCGUCACUGCCACCACCAGUGAAUCUUGCAACGAGGCCAUCGCCCCUCGCUUCAGGUAACGGCGAUCUACGACCACAUAGCCAGGCGACCUCGGGCUCAACAUCGAGUCUCGCUGGAGCUGACGACUCCCUCGCAGCCUCAGCGCCCAAGAAGAAACAAGGUCCUGCGGUUGCCCCUCGACGCGGUGGAGCCAAGAAGGUCAAGCAUGUCACUGCACUGUACACUUACUCGGCGGGUGGGCCCGGUGAGGUGGACAUGGUCGAGGGUGAACGAAUGGUUCUGAUCGCUCCCGAUUCAGGGGAUGGUUGGUGUGAAGUAGAAGCACGAGCAGGCAAGGGCAUUGUGCCCUCGAGUUGGGUAAAGGAGGUGUAGCGCGUUGCACGGUCUCAUGUUUUCCUUUUCCUCGCUUGCGAGCGUCAUUCUAUUUCCCACAUGCUAUUACAUGUCAGGAGCGGCUUCAGCGUCGUGCCAUUUCUUGUCGCCUUUCAUUUAUCAUGUCGGAGAAUGGGUAGCACGGGCGA